CGAAGAGGUGUCGGGUGCCCAAGGACUUUUGCACGCAGCCAUGGGCGGCAUCGGGGAGCCCGGCGGGGGUCCGGGGCCGCGCGAGGGGCCGGCGCAGCUUGGGGCGACGCUGCCCACCUUCUGCUGGGAGCAGAUCCGCCCGCACGACCUGCCAGGCGACAAAAGUCAUCGAGCCGUCUACGACAUCAGCCGCUGGGCACAGCGGCACCCGGGGGGCAGCCGCCUCAUCGGCCACCACGGCGGUGAGGACGCCACGGAUGCCUUCCACGCCUUCCACCAGGACCUCAAUUUUGUCCGCAAGUUCCUGCAGCCCCUGCUGAUUGGAGAGCUGGCCCCGGAGGAGCCCAGCCAGGAUGGACCCCAGAAUGCCCAGCUGGUCCAGGACUUCCGAGCCCUGCGCCAGGCUGCCGAGGACAUGAAGCUGUUCGAGGCCAGUCCCACCUUCUUCGCUUUCCUGCUGGGCCACAUCCUGGCCAUGGAGGUGCUCGCCUGGCUCAUCAUCUACCUCCUCGGCCCUGGCUGGGUGCCCAGCACCCUCACUGCCCUCGUCCUGGCCAUCUCCCAGUCUCAGAGCUGGUGUCUGCAGCAUGACCUGGGCCACACCUCCGUCUUCAGGAAGUCCCGGUGGAACCAUGUGGCCCAGCAGUUCGUGAUGGGACAGUUGAAGGGCUUCUCCGCCCACUGGUGGAACUUCCGCCACUUCCAGCACCAUGCCAAGCCCAACGUCUUCCACAAGGACCCCGAUGUGACCGUGGCGCCCAUCUUCCUCCUGGGGGAGUCGUCCAUUGAGUACGGCAGGAAGAAACGCAGAUACCUGCCCUACAAUCACCAGCACCUGUACUUCUUCCUGAUCGGGCCCCCGCUGCUCACCCUGGUGAACUUCGAGGUGGAAAAUCUGGCGUACAUGCUGGUGUGCAUGCAGUGGACGGACCUGCUCUGGGCCGCCAGCUUCUACUCCCGCUUCUUCUUGUCCUACAUCCCUUUUUAUGGCGUUCCUGGGGCACUGCUCCUUUUUGUGGCUGUCAGGGUCCUAGAGAGCCACUGGUUCGUGUGGAUCACGCAGAUGAACCACAUCCCCAAGGAGAUCGGCCACGAGAAGCACCGGGACUGGGCCAGCUCACAGCUGGCAGCCACCUGCAACGUGGAGCCCUCGCUCUUUAUCGACUGGUUCAGCGGGCACCUCAACUUCCAGAUCGAGCACCACCUCUUCCCCACGAUGCCCAGGCACAACUACCACAGGGUGGCACCACUCGUCAAGGCGCUAUGCGCCAAGCACGGCCUCAGCUACGACGUGAAGCCUUUCCUCACCGCCCUGGCGGACAUAGUUGGCCUCGCCGUCAUCAGCCUCAGCCCUCCGCCCUUUCCGGUAUUCGCCCACACACCCCCAGCCCGGGGCCCAGGCCCUGUCCGAGGUGCUGCGAAUACAGAGUGAGGAAACAGGCUUGCGAUCCCUGCCUUCCUGGCACUGGCGCCUGAGCAGAGGAAACAGAAAAUAAGCCAUUAGACUCACAAGUAAAUCGCAGGAAAUGUGAGACGGGGGGAAGCACUUCGACAGAGACAAGACAAAACCACCAAACUAAGGGGCGGGGCGGGAGAGGGGCUGGGGUGGCAGUUUUUAUAGGGCGGCAGGGUGGGUGGUAUUGAGAAGGUGACGAGUGGGCAGAGACAGGGAGGAGGGGAGAGGUCUGGCCAUGGAGACAUCUGAGGGAAUAUUCCGGGCCAGGGAACAGCAGUGCAAAGGCCCUGAGGCAGGUGCUGGUGUGUGGGAGAGCUGCUGAGCAGAGGAGGGACACGCAGGACUUAGGUUCUGAAAGGUGCCCUGACUUCGAGAAUGCGCUGACAGGGCAGAGGCCAAAGCAGAAAGAGCGGAGUCGAGGUCCGCGCCCUCGUCCUGGGGACCGGAGGUCAGAUUCCCCGGCCAGAGCUCUUCCGCCUCUGUGCCUUGGCACACGCUGCUCCCGUUGCUCAGAUGCCCUUCCUCCUGGACGGGCGUUGACGUUCCUGCUUCUCCUUCACGACCCUUCCCAGCCUGAUCCUCUGAGCCCCUGCCGCUCGGCCCAGCCCCCUUAGAACGCCUGUCACAGGGUUUCCUAGCGAGUUGUUGAUGUUUCUGGCUCCUCUGCCUGACCGCAGGCUCCUGGUGAGUCGCAGGGUCCAGCAGAAGGAGGCAACAGACAGAGCUGGAGGAAGGAGGGUCAGGCCUACCCUGGCCCCUGCCUGGACUUGGCUAUGCCCCUCCCCUUCCCCCUACCCCCGGUCUAGAGUCCACUCCAGUUCAUGAGAGGGUAGCCUCAUCUCCCCAUCCAUCCCUCCAGCCCUACCCAGCCGCCUGCCCCAGGGGAAGGGGACGCACGGGAAUGGGGGUACCUCCACUCACACUCAUCGUCUUGUGGUGAGGGGGUUGGUAUCUUGCAGUUGGGUCCCCAACA